AUGGCAGGUCUAAUGGAAUGCCCUCAACGAUUGCCUUCAUUAAUAUUAACUGUGGUGGUAAUAAUAGCAGGAGCUGCAGAUUAUGGCGGUGUGGUGGCUCAAUCUUCAGGCUGUGCAACUUCUAUGGCAACACUUUCUCCAUGUUUGGGAUAUAUCACAAGUAAUAUUUCCAGCUCAACUCCAUCACAGGACUGUUGUACUGCCUUAUCUUCCGUAGUUCAGGGCAGCGUGAUGUGUCUGUGCCAGCUGUUUAGUGCCUUAAAUCCGCUGGGCAUUCCCAUUAAUCAGACAAGGGCUCUGGCUCUGCCAGGCUCUUGCAACAUCGCCACUCCACCACUCACUCAAUGCGAUGGUAAAUUAACUUAA